AUGAGAAGGCAAGGAGAAGAAGGCAAUGAGAAGGCAAUGAGAAGGCAAGGAGAAGAAGGCAAUGAGAAGGCAAGGAGAAGGCAAGGAGAAGAAGGCAAGGAGAAGGCAAGGAGAAGGCAAGGAGAAGGCAAGGAGAAGGCAAGGAGAAGGCAAGGAGAAGGCAAGGAGAAGGCAAGGAGAAGGCAAGGAGAAGGCAAGGAGAAGGCAAGGAGAAGGCAAGGAGAAGGCAAGGAGAAGGCAAGGAGAAGGCAAGGAGAAGGCAAGGAGAAGGCAAGGAGAAGGCAAGGAGAAGGCAAGGAGAAGGCAAGGAGAAGGCAAGGAGAAGGCAAGGAGAAGGCAAGGAGAAGGCAAGGAGAAGGCAAGGAGAAGGCAAGGAGAAGGCAAGGAGAAGGCAAGGAGAAGGCAAGGAGAAGGCAAGGAGAAGGCAAGGAGAAGGCAAGGAGAAGGCAAGGAGAAGGCAAGGAGAAGGCAAGGAGAAGGCAAGGAGAAGGCAAGGAGAAGGCAAGGAGAAGGCAAGGAGAAGGCAAGGAGAAGGCAAGGAGAAGGCAAGGAGAAGGCAAGGAGAAGGCAAGGAGAAGGCAAGGAGAAGGCAAGGAGAAGGCAAGGAGAAGGCAAGGAGAAGGCAAGGAGAAGGCAAGGAGAAGGCAAGGAGAAGGCAAGGAGAAGGCAAGGAGAAGGCAAGGAGAAGGCAAGGAGAAGGCAAGGAGAAGGCAAGGAGAAGGCAAGGAGAAGAAGGCACGGAAACAGUAA